AUGGACAGCUACAUGGAUUCCCAGGCCUCUUUGCUAGGCUCACAAUGGAUGCUGCUGCCAAACCAGUCGUAUCUCGCUCCCCGUGCCAUGGCAUACGUCUUUCCCAGGCCACGACAAGGCCGGGUGAUGAAGCCCCGUAGCGCGGGCAAUAGCCCGUCGUCCGUGGGCAGCAGACGUGCUGCGACUCGGCCGCACGGCUCCGUGGCCCAACAACAACUGUCAAGUCAGGACUAUCAAACCCACCUCGCCGUCACUGCCCUCGCUUCUGCAGCCCGGACGCGGAGGGCUCGUCCUCUCAGCUGGCAUCCCUCGUCCGCAAGAGACCAGCGCUACUCUAAACGCUCGUACACGAUGGUUCAACCGCACCAGCCCGUUCCUAUGUACGGGGAAGGAAACUUCCUCUCGUAUCCCCCUGCAGUUUCAGAUGUUCCCGUAUCUACGCAGUACCCUAUCUCCAACUUCCUCGGAGAUGCAUCAGUCCAGCAGAUGUCCCCUCUGUCAAUGGGCAGCUCGCAGAUCCAGUCACUUCCGUGGGAUACCCCCUCCAACGGCCUACCGACUACUCCACAGACCAUGCCCCCCGCUUGGCCAUCUGACAUGGGCUCAAUGGAUAAUUUUGAUGACUUCAUUUCUUCGGCGGCUCUUCCAGGCUCUUACUACGAAACUGUCCCCUCCUCGGAUGGGUAUACGGUACCGUCCACACCUGACCUCCUCCCCGCCCAGCCACUCGACAUUGAGUCUGGAUCGCAACCACAGCCAGCGUCGAACAACCGAAAAUCGGAGGAUGAGCUUGUUGGGAUGGGCUUGUAUAGCGACCCAGAAGCCUCAGGAGCGAAUUCCCUGCUGGGGAUCUCUGGAAGAGGCCUGAAACUGGAAGAGACCUUCACGCCUUCUUCGGAAAACGAAGCCGAAGAACCCGAUUCUAAAGACGAGGAUGAUGACGGCGAGGAGGAAAACGAGGAGGCGGAAGAGCCGAAGCAAGAGUUGUCCGAGAUGACAUAUAUGCUGCCCCCCAAGCAAACGGCCAAGGCGCCUGUUAGCAUGCUAUUCGGCGGUCACGAGGACAGUAUCCAGAGUCUCAUUGCUGAAAGCCAGCAGCUGCUUACCUUGGGGGAACAGUCUUGCUUCAAUUACGGUUAUGGUUGGGUUUGA